CCGUCCUUCCCUAACGCCCGCAUUGCGCAUGUGCGAUCAUCCUGGCUGCUGCUGAGCAAGCUGGUUGCACCCUUCUGGUUGUCUCAGCGGCUCACUCAUCCACUCAGCCGGCAGGACCAUGGUGCUGGACCUGGACCUCUUCCGCGCCGACAAGGGCGGCGACCCAGCGCUCGUGCGAGAGACGCAGAUCAAGCGCUUCAAGGACCCCAGCCUCGUGGACGCGCUGGUAGCAGCCGACGCGGCCUGGCGGAGAUGCAGAUUUCGUGCAGACAAUCUGAACAAACUGAAAAACUUGUGCAGCAAAACUAUAGGUGAAAAAAUGAAGAAAAAAGAGCCAGUAGGAGAUGACGAUCACAUACCAGAAAACGCACAAAAUCUUGAUGAGCUCACAGCAGACAUUUUAACAGGUCUUCAAGUAAGCCAGAUAAAGAAAGUCCGUCUUUUAAUUGAUGAAGCAAUACUGGAGUGUGAUGAAGAGCGCUUGAAGUUAGAAGCAGAGCGGUUUGAGAACCUCAGAGAAAUUGGAAAUCUCCUUCAUCCCUCUGUGCCAAUCAGCAAUGAUGAGGAUGCCGAUAAUAAAGUGGAGAGGAUAUGGGGAGACUGCACUGUAAGGAAGAAGUAUUCUCAUGUGGACCUGGUUGUCAUGGUGGAUGGCUAUGAGGGAGAAAAGGGAGCCAUUGUAGCUGGAAGCAGAGGAUACUUUCUUAAGGGUGCACUUGUUUUUCUAGAGCAGGCUCUAAUUCAGUAUGCCCUACAGACACUACUCAGCAAAGGGUACACCCCUGUUUAUACCCCCUUCUUCAUGAGAAAAGAGGUGAUGCAGGAAGUGGCCCAGCUAAGUCAGUUUGAUGAAGAGCUCUACAAGGUGCUUGGCAAAGGCAGUGAGAAGAGUGAUGAUAACACCAUUGAUGAGAAAUAUCUGAUUGCUACCUCUGAACAGCCAAUUGCAGCUCUGCACAGAGAUGAAUGGCUGAAGCCAGAAGAUCUGCCCAUCAAGUAUUCUGGGUUGUCAACCUGCUUCCGACAGGAAGUUGGCUCACACGGCCGUGAUACUAGAGGCAUCUUCCGGGUGCACCAAUUUGAAAAGAUUGAGCAGUUUGUCUAUGCAUCACCUCAUGAUAACAAAUCUUGGGAGAUGUUUGAUGAAAUGAUUGCAACAGCUGAAGAAUUCUAUCAGUCUUUGGGCAUCCCUUACCACAUUGUCAAUAUUGUCUCAGGUUCUUUGAAUCAUGCUGCCAGUAAGAAGCUAGACUUGGAGGCAUGGUUUCCAGGUUCAGGAGCUUUCCGUGAGCUUGUUUCUUGCUCAAACUGCACUGACUACCAGGCACGUCGACUACGGAUCCGGUAUGGGCAAACCAAGAAGAUGAUGGACAAAGUGGAAUUUGUACAUAUGCUCAAUGCCACCAUGUGUGCCACAACACGGACUAUCUGUGCCAUCCUGGAGAAUUAUCAGACGGAGGAAGGAAUAGUUGUUCCAGAAAAACUAAGGAACUUCAUGCCACCAGGUCUGAAAGAAAUCAUAAAAUUUGUGAAGCCUGCUCCUAUUGACCAGGAAAUUUCUAAGAAGCAGAAGAAACAACAUGAGGGAGGCAAAAAGAAAUCGGCAGGAGGGGACUGUGCUCUGGAAGGGAAAAUGCAGAAUAUGGAUGUGAACAGUCCCUAAAAUGUUUUACGGAGGCUGCAUCGUUUUUAGUGGGUAAAGCUGAGGGGCUCCUGAAUACAAGUUGUUGCUUUGUUUCAUCCCUUGUUGCCAUGAGCAAGUCGCUUUUUUCCUUCUUGACUUCUACCACAGGAAGAUGAUACUUCCAUGGUGGCUGUGAGGAGGCACGGAUGUUUCUUUCACUCUUUGAAUGUAGAAAGUACUGCAGUCUUAAAUUAUGUUAAGUAUUUGUGGAAACAACUUCUGUUCAAACCCCAAGCUGCAAAUCCAAGCAGAGGGAACAAAGCACUAUAACAUGUUCACUUGUUGAAAAUCUCUGCAUAGCAAAAAACAGUAAAGGGUUAAAUCAAAAGGGAAGAGAAAUAUAGGCACAUGUUUAAUUUUACUGUCAAGACAGUCUGUUCACAUAGUCAUAGGAUUUUAUCUAAUUUGAUGGGACUAAAUGAAUAAAGCCAACAAUUAAGACAUUAA